ACGUAGACUGGACACCACUAAGGAACUUACUAUACCGUACCAGACUUACCAUAGAAGAAAACAUUUGUUGUAGAAGGAAGGUUUUUUAUCUUUUUUUAUUAACAUUUUGUACAUAUAGGAAUUUAGUUUCAAAAAGUUUUGGACUUUAUUAUUAUUUUUUUAUAAUUUACUUGCUGUAUGAUUGUUUGCCGAUCAAGAAUUCUGAACCUCUUCUAAUCAUGUAAGACUAAAGUAUCUGAAUGUCUCUCCAAAUCCCAGCAGACGUGAUGGUCACACAGGAACAAGUAGAACAAGAACAUUGUUGAGAAAUGUUCCGAUUGGUAAAUCACGUUUGGUAUUUUCUUGCUGAAAACUCAGUCCCAGCCCAAAAAACGUGAAGAAAGGAUAGUUAUUUCUGUUCGCAAUACUGUUACAUUUUUGAUUAAUGGGAUGUGAUAACUGGAUUUCCAGAUAGAAUCCGCACGCGUUCCUUAGUUCACCUAAUGAACUGGGUUAGAGGCCAGGAAAGUCUAAUACGUGGGAGGUCAUAAUGAACCUGGCUUGGUGAUACCUGCCGUGUCCAUUGCUGAGUUAAGUCUAUAAAUGCUGCAGAACAUUAGCCCUUUUUUGGUUUUAGCAUCUGAAUUUGGGCAUUUCACAAAUUUACUCCAUAGAUCUGCUGAUGACACUCUGAUUUUUGGGUUGAAUGUUCAGUACAAGUCCUGCUAUAAUUCUAAAAGGUUACUCUGUGGCAAGAAACCUAUAGUCAUGGGCUGCACUACUUCUCCUGCCUGGAUCUGUCUCUCACCCCUACCAUGGAAAAUGUAGAGGAGACCACCAAUGAGAUAAAUAACUCCACGUUACAAAGUGAACAGUUCUUUCAGUCUAUGUUGGACUGUCAAAAACAGCUGAUAACAUCUAUUGCAAAUCUCGAAAAAAAUCUAUCAGAAGGUUUUCACAGUCUUUGCCAGGAACUAAGAAAUGUGACCAGUGCAAUUACUUCUUUCCAGAUGGACAUAUCAAGACGAGAAUAUCGUCCUCCAUCAUCUAUAGAAACAAAGGAUGGACAAAAGACAUUUACCUCGAGUCCAUCUUCAUCAUUGCGAUCGGAUGAUCUUACAACCACUUCAAGGGUUGUGGAUGGUCCUAAAGAGGACAGCUCACAGGGUUAUGGGGAGCAGAAGUCCUUAUUGAACGAAGAUAGUUUAGAGACUCAAAUGGAUGGUGGGAAACCUGCAGAAGAAGUAGAGGUCGGAGAGCAGCCGUCCACACAUGUCCAGGUGAAGCAGGAGAGGAACGGAGGCUCAGUAACUGGAAAGCAUGCUGCUGAAAGAGGAGACCCUCAUGAACUUGAAGACAGUUUUGAACAAUAUGGUCCACCAUUAAAGAAAAAAAAUGUUGAUUUUGGUUUACAUGAAUGAUUUCCGUGGAGAAGAUGACUUUCAGUCCGUGACAUCAUUAGAACAUCCAGAUCCCAGAAACAUCUUCGUAUUUGAUUGACGACAUAAAGUGAAGUUUUGGCCGGGGACAUCAUGACUUCUCCUCUCCUGUCCUCACAGAUACUUCCUGCCGUCCAGUAGAUGAAUGGAUCACACAUUACUCACGGCCCCUUGGAUCUUCCCCCGGCUAUUAUUUUACACCGGUGCUGUGCAUGCACAUUUUGACAGAAAUGUUUGCAACUUAUCUAUUCACGCACAGUGGAUUUGUGGCAGAAAUUUCUGUGUCUGAAUUUAACUUCCAGUUAUCUGAAAUUAAUAUUUCAUAACUUUGGAAUAGUUUUUUCUUAAGCAAGCCAUUUUCAGAUUGUUUUGUCAUGACGCAUCGUACUUCAUGUCAUAGGAAAUUUUCUGUUAAUAUGUUUUGCAUUUAUUUGUAAAAAAAUAAAUAAAAAUUUACUGAAAAUUCU